UAAUCACAUCCGGGUCAUUGUCCAAACAUGCUACCACAACACCGCUAGCGUAGCUUCGGCAACAAAACAAAAUCAAAUAGUCAUGCCUUUAAUAGUUAUGUGUGGUUAUCCGUGCAGUGGUAAAACGCGGAGGGCAGAGGAAUUAAAAUUGUAUUUUGAACAAAACACGGACAGAAAGGUUCACAUUGUGGGAGACUCUUCCCUGGCAGCUGAGAAGAACGCCGUGUAUGCAGAUUCCCAAAAGGAAAAACAAGUCAGAGCUGCCCUGAAAGCUGAAGUGGAGAGGAAAGUCAACAAGGAUGACAUUGUUAUAUUGGAUUCCUUAAACUACAUUAAAGGCUACCGCUAUGAGCUUUUCUGUCUCGUAAAACAUGCACAGACGCCACACUGCCUUGUGUAUUGUUUGACAUCAGAUGAUGUGAGCUUGGCGUGGAACAACAGUAGAGAUGCGGAAGAGCAAUACACGCAGGACAUCUUGAAGGCAUUAAUUCUGCGGUUCGAAGCCCCAGACUCAAGAAAUCGGUGGGACAGUCCACUUUUCAACAUCCUCCAAGAUGACACGACUCCAUUUGAAGCCAUCGCAGACGCACUCUUCAAAAGGAAAGCACCGCCGCCCAACCAAUCCACUCGAAACCAACCACUCUCAUCUGCAAACUUCCUGUAUGAGUUAGACAAGACCACACAGGAUGUGUUAACGGCCAUUUUCAAUGCACAGAAGACAAGCGUUCCUGGAGACUGCAUCCCAGUUCCAGGCACAACAGAGAAAAUCGAGCUUACCAGGAGCGUCAACAUGGCCGAGCUGCGCAAAUUCCGGCGUCAGUUCAUCAGCUACAGCAAGACGCACCCGACCGAGAACACGGGUCAGAUAUCCAACAUGUUUGUACAGUAUUUAAAUAAGAGUCUCCAUUGAUGAAUAUAUGUCCCAAAUUAAAAUAGAGAUCUUUUUAAAUUGGAAA